GAAACUGGCAGAGGGGAGGGGGCUCCUGGUUCUUCCCUCGGUGGGACCCCGGAGGACGCUGUGGCUCUCGCCUCGGGAGGAGCAGGAUCUCGGCGUGCCAAGAGCCCGGGAGCAGGCACAGGGAAGGGGCCGCGGAGGGGGAUCGGAGCUCCAGCAUCGCCGCAUCCCCUGCAGGUCCAGGCGCGCUCCCCGCGGCACCGGGCCAAGGAAAACAGCGGCAACCCGAUCCCUUCCCCGGCCCGGGGGCCGCUGCCUGUCCCGGAGCCGGCCCGAGCCGCAUUCCCGGCGGUGCGGGAAUGGCGCUGCUGCUGGCGGCCGUGCUGCUGCUGCUGGCGCCGGGCGCUGCCCCGGGCCCGGCCGUGCCCGCGCCCCGGGAGCUGGCGCGCUCCGUGCUGGAGACGCACGGGCAGGAGCUGCGGCUGCUGCGGCUGCUGGGAGUCGCCAGGACGGUAGGGACGAGCUUCGACUGGGGGACGCACUUCAGCAUCAACUUCACGGCCCGGCAGCCGCCCUGCCCCAGGGCCGCCCCGGAGCCCCGCGCCUGCCGGGGCCGCCCGGGCAGGGUGCAGCGCUGCUCGGCCCAGGUGUCCGUGUUCACCUUCCUGCCCGACGUGCCGCUGUCGAUGGUGGAGUGCGGCCGGGAGCCGCAGCCCGGUGACAGCGCCCAGCCCCGCUCCCCCGGCACCAACACAGGUCACUCAUCCUCCUCAUCCUCCUCAUCCUCCUCAUCAUCCUCAUCCUCGGGGCGCCCCCCGCGGCCUCGGCCCCCUCCCAGCGCGUCCCUGCAGGGGCCGUCCCGCCGCGCCCUGUCCCCAGCGGAGCGGGAAUAAAGAGAUUUCGGCUCGGA